UCUAUACAAAGGUUUCAAGUUUGUUGCUCGCCCAGGGAUCUGGAGGACGACAUCCACUUGCUGCUCUAAAGUCAGAAUUCCUCAGUCCUCCAUUCUGAAAAUUACUGCUGGUAGCACGCUGAAACUUCAGGAGAGGAUCAGCAGCAUUGUGGGGUGAAAUUUCACAUAGCAAAGGAGUCCGGAAGCCUGAGCUGAGUUCUGGCUCUGUCAUUAACUGGGUCUGUGACCUUGAGCAAGUCAGAUCACUUUUCUCAUCUAUAAAAUAGGAGUACCGGACGUGAUUUGAUUUUCCAGCUCUCUUGUUCAAUGACUCCGAGGCCAACCAUGAAAUCUUUCCAGUGACAAGGAGAAGCCAUAGACAAUUGGUAGUGCAAACCCCAACAAAAGUUUACAGCAGAGAAAUCAAGAAGCAGCCCCCACUACUUAAGCCGCAGGUUCCAUUAUGGGUCGACUUGAUGGGAAGGUCAUCGUGCUGACAGCUGCCGCUCAGGGGAUUGGCCGGGCAGCUGCCAUAGCUUUUGCAAGAGAAGGUGCCAAAGUCAUCGCUACGGAUAUCAAUGAGUCCAAACUUCAGGAACUAGAAGAGUACCCCGGUAUUCAAAUUCGGACCCUUGACGUCACAAAGAAGAAACAAAUUGACCAGUUUGCCAAUGAAAUUGAGAGACUUGAUGUUCUCUUUAAUGUUGCUGGUUUUGUCCAUCACGGAACCAUCCUGGACUGCGAGGAGAAAGACUGGGACUUCUCAAUGAAUCUCAAUGUCCGCAGCAUGUACUUGAUGAUCAAGGCAUUUCUUCCUAAAAUGCUUGCACAGAAAUCUGGCAACAUUAUCAACAUGUCGUCUGUGGCAUCCAGCGUCAAAGGAGUUAUGAACAGAUGUGUGUACAGCGCCACCAAGGCGGCUGUGAUUGGCCUCACGAAGUCCGUGGCCACAGACUUCAUCCAGCAGGGGAUCAGGUGCAACUGCGUGUGUCCAGGAACGGUUGAUAGCCCAUCUCUGCAAGAAAGAAUACAAGCCAGACCAAAUCCCGAAGAGGCACGGAACUAUUUCCUGAAGAGACAGAAGACUGGAAGAUUUGCAACCCCAGAAGAAAUAGCCCUGCUGUGUGUGUACUUAGCUUCUGAUGAAUCUGCCUAUGUAACAGGUAAUCCUGUCAUCAUUGAUGGAGGCUGGAGCUUGUGAUUUUGAUCUCUUUGCUGGGAAGGCAGGCCUCUCCUGUCCACAGUGAACCUGGUUAUGAAGAAAAUUCACCCCUCAUGUCUUUCCUAUUAAUGGCAUAUUAAUGAAAACAAGCCCUUUUUAAUUAUGUCAUUGUUCACAAGAAUCAGAUUCUUUAAAUAUAUUAAUCUCUUUCUAACCUCUUCUGAAAUCAUUGUAGGGAGAUGACAUAAAAGACAAUGAACUCACUGCAAAUGAAUAGUUUUAAAAUAAACCACAAUUUGCAAGCAUAUAAAAUUAAAAUGGGAAUAUGAAAAAUGGAAGGUUUUUAAGAAAAAGGUAUUAAUUUGUAUUUUACUUCUAUUUCAAAUUAUUCAACUAUUUUGUACAAUUCUGCAUUGGUCUGUACAUGGAUACUAAUUUUAAAAUUUUACACCAUUAUAAAUGAAAACAAGGUAGGAAGGAAUUUGGCUUCAGGACCUUACAUUAAAAGGACUUUAGAUUCGGAACUAUACUGUUGAUCAAUUAUAUAAAAGAAAAAUAAUCAAGUGUUUAUACUUAACGGAUGUUAUCACUCAAAAUUAAGUACUGUCUUCUUAGUUUAAGUAAAAAAUCUUUCUUAAAAUAAGCAAUGAUAUUUGGCAUGGGCCUAAGAAACUUAUAAUGAACUAGCAGUAUUGGCAAUUUGAGUGAUAUUUUUUAGGUUAAAUGUAGAUAUUUUUUUUCACCAAAUUCCAGGUUAAUAGUAAGAGGACAUGAAAUUUAGAAACAGUCUCUGGGUAAAUAAAUAUAAGUGAAUCAUAUAAUAGGAAACAAAAUUAAAGAAAAUAAAAUUUUCAAGGAAUGAUGAAAUAGAAAAAGAAUUAAGGAAUACAAA